AUGUUUUGUGUCUUUUCAUCCUACGGCUUUGCAGAUGGCAGAGGUAUAUCCAUCUUAACAACACCUGACCGCGUUGAGAGUCUCCAGCAACUACCAGCAUUUUCUGAUGACGAUGCAUUGUCGGGCAUCAAUGAGCAAGUAUCGCCGCCGUUUGAAGAAACAGAGCUUCCAGGAAGAGGGCGUGGCCUCAUUGCGAAUAAGACGCUGCAUCGUGGCGACAGGAUUUUUGCCCAUACCCCAAUCUUGAUGCUUGAUGGAGAAAGUUUUGGAGACUUAGAAAAGAAACAGUGGCUUGAACUGGAACAUACAGCUGCCAACAACCUUCCACCAAAAACUAAAAAGAUGUUUUCGGCACUAUAUGGUCGCCCAAUGACGGAUCCAGUGAGCGACCGGAUUGACACAAAUGCUUUUGAACUUGAGCUGGAUGAGGUAGUAUAUUACGCUGUAUUUCCUGAGAUAGCUCGUCUUAACCAUGAUUGCCGCCCUAACGCGGCCUACUUUUUUGACAAACAAACCCUCACACACUACGUGCACGCUAUUACCGACAUUACUCCAGGCACCGAAAUUACCAUUACAUAUAUUGAUCCUCAUAUGCCACUCCAGAAACGUCUGAAGAAAUUAUCUUCUCUCUGGGGGUUCAAUUGCUCCUGCAGCUUAUGUAGCCUCCACUCCGAGCUAUCGCGUGCAUCUGACGAGCGCCUUGGCCAGAUUAAAAGAAUAAACGACCGUUUGGAAGACUGGGAGACGGCACCACUAGAAAUGGCACAGACACUCAUCAGUCUCUACGAGCAGGAGCGCUUGCACGCUCCAAGAAGCUCAGCAUAUUGGUAUGCAGCGCUAAUAAGCUGCAUGCAAGGAUUGUACUGGGAGACAAUUCGUUAUGCACGGGUGGCAAUAGAGUUGGGGUUGCUAGAUUACGGCUUUAGAGAUGAGAGUUUUCAACGGAUGACGCAACUAGCAGAAGAGCCAGCGAAGGACGCGUGUUGGUUGGCAAGAUUAAAGUAG